AAAGGUAGGAGGUGAGAGGUGAAGGGGCGGAAGCUGCGCGGCGCCCGGCGGCGGAGAGAGAGGACUGUCGCCUCGCGCCGAACCGCAGGCCGGGAGCCGCCGCCGGCCGCCGCCGUCGCAGGUACCUGCAGAUGGUGGGUGUCCGACAUCUGUGCUGUCCUGCGUGUGCCAGGCUGUUCCAUGGUUGCUUUCCGGGAUGGCAGCAAGGUGACUGCAGCUGAGGAUGACCCUGACUGAAAGGCUUCGUGGGAAGAUAUCUCAGGCCUUCUACAGCCAUGGGCUGCUCUGCGCAUCCUACCCCAUCCCCAUCAUCCUCUUCACAGGGCUCUGCAUCUUGGCCUGCUGCUACCCUCUGCUGAAGCUCCCCUUGCCAGGAGCAGGACCUGUGGAAUUCACCACUCCGAUGAAGGAUUACUCACCCCCGCCUGCAGCCCCUGACUGCCAACCAGGAGAACCCAGUGAGCAGCCAGAGUGGUACAUGGGUGCUCCAGUGGCUUACGUCCAGCAGAUCUUUGUCAAGUCGUCUGUGUCUCCCUGGCACAAGAACCUCCUAGCAGUCGAUGUGUUCCGCUCACCUCUGUCCCGGGCAUUCCAGCUGGUGGAGGAGGUCCGGAACCAUGUGCUAAGAGACAGCUCGGGGACCAGGAGCCUGGAGGAGGUGUGCCUGCAGGUGACAGACCUGCUGCCGGGCCUCAGGAAGCUCCGGGACAUACUCCCUGAGCACGGGUGCCUGUUGCUAUCCCCUGGAAACUUCUGGCAGAAUGACCGGGAGCGCUUCCAUGCUGACCCUGACAUCAUUGGCACCAUCCACCAGCACGAGCCCAAAACCCUGCAGACCUCGGCCACACUCAAAGACCUACUGUUUGGUGUUCCUGGGAAGGACAGUGGGGUGAGCCUCUACCCCAGGAGGAGGAUGGUCUCGUAUGCUAUCACCCUGGUCUUCCAGCACUAUCACGCCAAGUUCCUGGGCAGCCUGCGGGCCCGCCUGAUGCUCCUGCACCCCAGCCCCAACUGCAGUCUCCGGGCGGAGAGCCUAGUUCACGUGCAUUUUAAGGAGGAGAUUGGCAUCGCUGAGCUCAUCCCCCUUGUGACCACCUACAUCAUCUUGUUUGCCUACAUCUACUUCUCCACACGCAAGAUCGACAUGGUCAAGUCCAAGUGGGGGCUGGCUCUGGCCGCCGUGGUCACCGUGCUCAGCUCGCUGCUUAUGUCCGUGGGGCUCUGCACGCUCUUUGGCCUGACUCCCACCCUCAAUGGCGGUGAGAUCUUCCCCUACCUCGUGGUAGUUAUUGGCUUAGAGAACGUGCUGGUGCUCACCAAGUCAGUGGUCUCUACCCCCGUGGAUCUGGAGGUGAAGCUGCGCAUCGCCCAAGGGCUAAGCAGCGAGAGCUGGUCCAUCAUGAAGAACAUGGCCACUGAGUUGGGCAUCAUCCUCAUUGGUUACUUCACCCUGGUGCCUGCCAUCCAGGAGUUCUGUCUCUUCGCUGUCGUGGGCCUGGUGUCUGACUUCUUCCUCCAGAUGCUCUUCUUCACCACUGUCCUGUCCAUCGACAUUCGCCGCAUGGAGCUGGCGGACCUGAACAAGCGGCUGCCCCCAGAGGCCUGCCUGCCCGCAGCUAAGCCAGGGGCACGGCCUGCACGCUUUGAGCGGCAGCUGGCUGUGCGCCCGUCCACACCUCACACCAUCACCCUGCAACCAUCCUCCUUCCGAAAUCUGCGGCUCCCGAAGAGGCUGCGCGUCAUCUACUUCCUGGCCCGCACCCGCCUGGCCCAGCGCCUCAUUAUGGCUGGCACUGUGGUCUGGAUUGGUAUCCUGGUGUAUACGGACCCAGCAGGGCUGCGGCCCUACCUGACUGCCCAAGUGACAGAACAGAGCCCACUGGGCGAGGGUGCCCUGACCCCUGUGCCCGUGCCAAGCGGGGUGCUGCCCGCCAGCCACCCAGACCCUGCCUUCCCGAUUGUCCUGCCUGAUGCCAAGUCAGUCGAGAACCAGACGUUGCCUGGGUAUCCACCCGAGCCUGGGGGUCUGGCAGACGGUGUCCACGAUGGCCCAGUACCAGAGGUCACCUGGGGGCCUGAGGAUGAGGAGCUUUGGAGAAGACUGUCCUUCCGCCACUGGCCAACGCUCUUCAGCUACUACAACAUCACGCUGGCAAAGAGGUACAUCAGCCUCCUGCCAGUCAUCCCAGUCACGCUCCGCCUGCACCCAAGCGAGGCCCUGGAGGGGCGGCGCCCUCAGGACGGCCGCGGGGCGUGGCCCGGGCCCUGGGAGGCCGGCCCCAAGGCCCCGAGCGCGGCGCAGGGCCCCCGAGACGUCACGCUGUACAAGGUGGCCGCGCUCGGCCUGGCCGCGGGCGUCGUCCUCGUGCUGCUGCUGCUCUGUCUCUACCGCGUGCUCUGCCCGCGCAACUACGGGCAGCCCGGGAGCGGGCCCGGCCGGCGGCGGCGCGGGGAGCUGCCGUGUGACGACUACGGCUACGCACCGCCCGAGACGGAGAUCGUGCCGCUGGUGCUGCGCGGGCACCUCAUGGACAUCGAGUGUCUGGCCAGCGACGGCAUGCUGCUGGUGAGCUGCUGCCUGGCGGGCCACGUGUGCGUGUGGGACGCGCAGACCGGGGACUGCCUCACGCGCAUCCCGCGCCCCGGGCAUCGCCGGGACAGUGGCGGUGGCAGCGUUCCCGAGGCACCGGAGAGCUGGGGGAGGCUGUCGGACGACGGGAAGGCCGGCUCGGAGGAGCUCGGGGACGGCUCUCCGCUGCGGCACCGUCCCCGAGGCCCGCCGCCGCCGCCGCUCUUCGGAGACCAGCCGGACCUCAGCUGCUUGAUCGAUACGGAUUUCUCAGCCCCGGCAAGGCUCCCUGAGCCCCGGCACCGGGGGUGCUACGGCGCGCGGGGCUCCGCGGGCUACGACUUCCACCGCCUGGUGCAGCGAAUGUGCCGUGGGGAGGGCCUGGUUCCGGCCCCGACGCAGGCCGUGCGCCCGCCCUCGCCUGGGCCGGCGCCGCCUCUGGCCCCUGAGGAGGAGGAGGGCUCCCUUCCUGAAGAGGGGUCCGCUUUUCUCUCCUGGGCUCCCAGCGCGGACGGCGCCAUAUGGAGCCUGGAGCUGCAGGGCAGCCUCAUCGUGGUGGGACGGAGCAGCGGCCGGCUGGAGGUGUGGGACGCCGUCGAGGGCACGCUCCGCUGCAGCAGCGAGGAGGUCUCCUCGGGCAUCACGGCGCUCGUCUUCCUGGACAGAAGGAUUGUGGCUGCCCGGCUCAAUGGAUCCCUCGAUUUCUUCUCCCUGGAGACCCACGCUGCCCUCAGCCCCCUGCAGUUCCGAGGGAACCCAGGGUGCGGCAGCUCCCCCACAUCCCCUGUGUACAGCAGCAGUGACACGGUGGCCUGCCACCUGACCCACACGGUGCCCUGUGCACACCAGAAGCCUAUCACAGCCCUGAAGGCCGCCGCUGGGCGCCUCGUGACUGGGAGCCAAGACCACACGCUGAGAGUGUUCCGUCUGGAGGACUCGUGCUGUCUCUUCACCCUGCAGGGCCACUCAGGGGCUAUCACCACAGUGUACAUGGACCAGACGAUGGUGCUGGCCAGUGGAGGACAGGAUGGGGCCAUCUGCCUGUGGGAUGUGCUGACCGGCAGCCGGGUCAGCCACAUGUUUGCUCAUCGUGGGGACGUCACCUCACUCACCUGUACCACCUGCUGCAUCAUCAGCAGCGGCCUGGAUGAUCUCAUCAGCAUUUGGGACCGCAGCACAGGCAUCAAGCUCUACUCCAUUCAACAGGAUCUGGGCUGCGGUGCGAGCCUGGGUGUCAUCUCAGACAACCUGCUGGUGACUGGUGGCCAGGGCUGUGUCUCCUUUUGGGACCUGAACUACGGCGACCUGUUACAGACAGUCUACCUGGGGAAGAACAGCGAGGCUCAGCCUGCCCGCCAGAUCCUGGUGCUGGACAAUGCCGCCAUCGUCUGCAACUUUGGGAGCGAGCUCAGCCUGGUAUACGUGCCCUCCGUGCUGGAGAAGCUGGACUGAGGGUGGGCAGUGACUGUGACCCCUGCACCAGCCGUGCAGUGGCACUGGCUGCUCUGUGGGGCCAAUGCACUGGAUCUGGAUGGGGGUGUGCAGCUGUGAUUUCUGGAAGCUGCCUCAUAACAACUAAUAUUAAACUCCUUUUUAUAAA